AUGCCAUUAUUAGAAAAUGCUGCCACGCCAGAAGAUCCUUCAAGAGUAAUUAAUAUAAGUUCUAUUUAUGGCGUAAAGGUCCCACUUGCAGAAGCAUAUGCCUAUGCUGCAUCCAAAGCAGCACUAAUCCAUUUAACUCGAGUCAUGGCUGGACAUUUAUCAAAUCGUAAUGUGACAUUUAAUUGUGUGCUACCAGGUCCAUUCGAGUCAAAGAUGACAAAAAAAUUUCUUGAUGCUAAUAAAAAAUUGAUGAUCUCAAAUAUACCAUUGGGCAGAAUUGGUAGAUCGGAAGAUGUUGCUGGCACAUGUAUUUAUUUGGCGAGUAAAGCUGGUGCAUUUACUAAUGGUGCAUUGGUAACUAUUGAUGGUGAAUCAAUUUCUCAGAAACCACCAGAAGUUAGACACGUUCCAAAUAAAGCAUCAUCACAGAUGUCACCGCAAAUGCCUGGAUGGUUUUGUGGUUUUGGAACUAAUACUAAUUCUUAUACAUUGGGCUUGGCUGCUCCAAUAAAUGCAUCAUUUGGAUUUGGAUUCGGUGCUGCUCCUCGACUACCAACGAAUACACUUUCUUCAUAUGUUGCUGCUUCUCAACCACCAACGAACUCAUCGGCUUUAUUUGGUACUGCUUUUCAACUAUCGACGAAUUCAUCGUCUUUAUUUGGUGCUGCUCCUCAACCACCAACGAAUUCAUCGUCUUUAUUCGGUGCUGCUCCUCAACCACCAACAAAUUCACCGUCUUUAUUCGGUGCUGCUUCCCAAACACCAAUGAAUUCACCGUCUUUAUUUGAUGCUGCUCCUCAGCCACCAACGAAUUCACCGUCUUUAUUCGGUGCUGCUUCCCAAACACCAAUGAAUUCACCGUCUUUAUUCGGUGCUGCUCCUCAACCACCAACGAAUUCACCGUCUUUAUUUGGUGCUGCUCCUCAACCACCAACAACAAGUCCACAUGAUCAGGAAAACAUUGUAAGAAGUAGUUACAAUAGUUACAAGUCAUUGCUUUUUCCACCUGCAUUAUCAGAACAGGAUUGUGCUAGCAAGCCUUAUGUGGCUCAAACAAGUUCAUAUGGAAAUUUUCCUGAUGAUGAGCAGCAAAAAGUGAAAUUAUGUACUAUUAUUGCAUUGAUUUAUUUGGAAGUGGUGAUGAUGAAGGAUUUUAAAGAUGAAUGUGAUAUUUGUUAUGAAAAAUCUAAAAAAGCAUUAACAACUAAAUUUAAAGAUUAUAAUGAAGAGAAUGUCAAGAAUGUUAUGGAUAGUGUUAGGAAAUGGAUGAAUGAUUGGAUCAAAGAAUAA